AUGUCAACUUCUUCAGCCUCCACUCUGGAAACCACAGGAGACACAACAUCACAUACCACUGGGAGUCUACUUCCAACAAGUGUAACGACAACUAAAGAAAGCUCAACAGCAGCUUCUAUAGGGACCUCCACCAAGGAAACAUCAGCAACUUCACAAAACCCUCAGACUCACAGUACUGAGACCAGCAGACAAUCUCCAACAAGUACCCACAUGGAUGUGAGCACUUCAGGCCCUUCAUCUUCCUCAAGUGGACACAACUUGACAGAGACACACUCUGAGGCAACAUCCUCUCCAGCUGCCACAUCUCCAUCAUCUUUGACAUUCAGUAAGGCAAACCAAAUAGCAUCAGAGUUGAUCACAAUGUCAACUUCUUCAGCCUCAACUCUCACAACCACCACAGACACAACAUCACUGAGAACUGGGAGUCUUUAUCCAACAAGUGUAACGACAACUAAAGAAAGCUCAACAGCAACUUCUAUAGGGACCUCCACCAAGGAAACAUCAGCAACUUCACAAAACCCGCAGAUUCACAGUACUGAGACCAGCAGGCAAUCUCCAACAAGCACCCACAUGGAUGUGAGCACUUCAGGCCCUUCAUCUUCCUCAAGUGGACACAACUUGACAGAGACACACUCUGAGGCAACAUCCUCUCCAGCUGGAACAUCUCCAUCAUCUACAUUCAACAAGAUCCUCCCGACAGCAUCAGAGUUGGUCACAAUGUCAACUUCUUCAGCCUCCACUCUCACAACCACAGGAGACACAACAUCACAUACCACUGGGAGUCUUCUUCCAGCAAGUGUAACGACAACUAAAGAAAGCUCAACAGCAACUUCUAUAGGGACCUCCACCAAGGAAACAUCAGCAACUUCACAAAACCCGCAGACUCACAGUACUGAGACCAGCAGGCAAUCUCCAACAAGCACCCACAUGGAUGUGAGCACUUCAGGCCCUUCAUCUUCCUCAAGUGGACACAACUUGACAGAGACACACUCUGAGGCAACAUCCUCUCCAGCUGCAACAUCUCCAUCAUUUACAUUCAACAAGAUCCUCCCGACAGCAUCAGAUACCCACAUGGAUGUGAGCACUUCAGGCCCUUCAUCUUCCUCAAGUGGACACAACUUGACAGAGACACACUCUGAGGCAACAUCCUCUCCAGCUGCAACAUCUCCAUCAUCCACAUUCAACAAGAUCCUCCCGACAGCAUCAGACUGGAACAUCUCCAUCAUCUACAUUCAACAAGAUACGCCCGACAGCAUCAGAGAUGAUCACAAUGUCAACUUCUUCAGCCUCCACUCUGGAAACCACAGGAGACACAACAUCACAUACCACUGGGAGUCUUCUUCCAACAAGUGCCCUUCAUCUUCCUCAAGUGGACACAACUUGACAGAGACACACUCUGAGGCAACAUCCUCUCCAGCUGCAACAUCUCCAUCAUCCACAUUCAACAAGAUCCUCCCGACAGCAUCAGACUGGAACAUCUCCAUCAUCUACAUUCAACAAGAUACGCCCGACAGCAUCAGAGAUGAUCACAAUGUCAACUUCUUCAGCCUCCACUCUGGAAACCACAGGAGACACAACAUCACAUACCACUGGGAGUCUUCUUCCAACAAGUGCCCUUCAUCUUCCUCAAGUGGACACAACUUGACAGAGACACACUCUGAGGCAACAUCCUCUCCAGCUGCAACAUCUCCAUCAUCCACAUUCAACAAGAUCCUCCCGACAGCAUCAGACUGGAACAUCUCCAUCAUCUACAUUCAACAAGAUACGCCCAACAGCAUCAGAGAUGAUCACAAUGUCAACUUCUUCAGCCUCCACUCUGGAAACCACAGGAGACACAACAUCACAUACCACUGGGAGUCUUCUUCCAACAAGUGGAGCAGCAGACAGUUUCCAACACGUCUGUACAUGGAUAUGAGCACAUCAGGCCCUCCAUCUUCCUCAAGUGGGUACUCUAGAGCAGAGACACACUCUGAGGCAACAUCCUCUCCAGCUGAAACAUCUGCAUCAUCUACAUUCAACAAGAUCCUCCCUUCGGCAUCAGAGAUGAUCAUACUAAAAGUGGACACCAACACUCUCACCUCCUCAGACAUUACCUCAGCAGGCACAGUUGCCACAUCCUCCCCAGUGGCAGGAAGCACAGCACCAGGAAAUGCUGUUGUGGAAGCAUCCACUUCAGGUAAGAUCACCAGCUUCUCAACAACUCUCUCCAGUGACAGCAACACCACUCAGCUGCUGUCGAAUGCAUCCCAAAGCACUGAUACCACCAGAAAAGUGGACACCAACACUCUCACCUCCUCAGACAUCACCUCAGCAGGCACAGUUGCCACAUCCUCCCCAGUGGCAGGAAGCACAGCACCAGGAAAUGCUGUUGUGGAAGCAUCCACUUCAGGUAAGAUCACCAGCUUCUCAACAACUCUCUCCAGUGACAGCAACACCACUCAGCUGCUGUCGAAUGCAGGGGCCUUAAAGAACAGGAAUCGUCACAACCUCACUGUGGACAAAUGGUGGGAGAAGCAGAACACCGUCACCGUCCCCAGCAACCUCCCUGACUCGUACAACCUCUACACCCACUAUACCAGCAGGCCUAGCAGGACAGUCAUCAUCACAUUUUACCACUCCUGCUGCUGA